UUUUUUGUGAUUGCACGAAGCAACAAGCCUGCGGGUAGAAAAUCAGCUGGGACGCACGCGCAAUUUUCAACCUCCGUCAAACGAAAGAGCCACAGCGAAUGGGCUCGUUGGGUAAACUUCUAUUGAGUUACACUGUGUGGAGGAGGGCUUCGUGCAGACGACAGGUUCACGCCAGAAACAAACACGCGGCUAGGUGGUGUUUAAAGACCAUAAGAAGAACGGCUCAGACGGAACCGAAAGCAUACACAUAGAUGCACUCCAGAUUCGCUCUCAGAAGUAAAUACUCAGUAUAUGAAAAAAUCGGCUGUUCCUUGAAAAAAAAAAAUCGCGACCAGUCGUACACAGAAAAAACGUCUGUUACGUCUCAUCGACGUAUCGAAGACGGAGUGAGUGAUUUCACCACAGUUUCUGAAGGGCGAGAGAGGACCCAGCCCUAAUGUGUAAUUCAGAGGACAAAGCGGCAACCAUAGUGUUUGUUUGAUUUGAAACUGGUCAAUUUCGUAACAAUGCCGCCGUCUACAAUAACGGCGGAAUAUGACGGGUCUCUAGCUUGGCAAUAUGCCAAGGUUGUCGGAGUCAUUGCCGCUUACUGGGUUGUGUCCAUAUCAAUGGUAUUUCUCAAUUCACAUUUGUUGUCAUCAAAGGAUCGUCUUGAGGCGCCCCUAUUUAUCACGUUUACACAGUGCGUUAUUACCGUUGGAAUCUGUUUAUUGUUUAGCUGCUUAAGCAAGGCGUUCCCGCGUUUCUUCUGGUUUCCAGCAUGUACCUUGGAUACUGUAAAACUUGUACGACUUUCUCCUGUAUCAGUCUUCUUUGUUAUGAUGAUUACAUUUAAUAAUCUUUGCCUAAAAUAUGUUGGAGUGGCAUUUUACACUGUGAGCCGGUCGCUAACAACAGUCUUCAACGUUAUAUUCACCUACAUCAUUCUCAAACAGAGAACAUCAUUAUACGCUCUCGUCUGCUGUGGUGUCAUCAUUGGUGGUUUCUUGCUGGGCGUUGACCAGGAGGAAUCAUCUGGUACGCUGAGUCUGAUCGGCAUCAUUUACGGACUAAUCGCGUCGGCUUCACUGAGCUUGUACUCUAUCUACACAAAAAAAGUGCUGAAACUUGUCAACGACUCUGUGUCGCUAUUGUCUUACUACAAUAAUGUCAACGCUAUGGUCAUGUUCAUUCCGUUGAUUGUGUUAAGUGGUGAAGUUCCUGCGAUUAUGAAGUUUUCGCAGCUCGACUCACUCGUUUGGUGGUCACUUGUCGUUGUUGUGGGGAUCUUCGGUUUUGCCAUUGGCUAUGUAACUAUGCUUCAGAUUCAGGUGACAUCUCCUCUCACCCAUAACGUAUCUGGUACAGCAAAAGCCAGCGUACAGACCGUGUUAGCUGUUGCAUUCUCUAAACAGGUGAAAUCGAUUUUGUGGUGGACCUCAAACGCACUCGUCCUUUUAGGUUCAGCGAUGUACACGCGAGUGCGGCAGCUUGAGAUGGCCAAAUCGUACAAUGAGCGCGGGCCUUAGGCCGCAAAAAAUUCUUACCAAAUAUCUAAGUUGACGAAGAUAGCGCCCUAAAUCGUAGUCAUUUCCGAUGGCACGUGCUGUAUUAAAAGCCUUAAAUCUUGUUGGCUAUGUACACAGAAUAAAAGCAUAAGAAAUCAAACCCUUGAUGAAACAAUUGUAAGUUAGGCCAGAAUUAUAAGCUUUGUUGUGAAGGGUUGUAUAUAGGGUCAACUGUACAGGCAUGGACCAUGACAAACAACUAGCAGAAGGAGAGUUGAAUGCGCUCAGUGAAUGGAAUGAUUACAACAUGUACACCGGAAUCGUGGUGGGCGAAGUAACGAUUGGACAGAGCGGGAUCCCGUUGCAAAAGAAUUGGACAGCGGAUGACAUCGUUCGGAUCCGUCAUUUCGGAGUUCCACAUCGGGGCUUUCUGUGGGAAGAACAAGACAAUGGUACAGGACUCCGCCUGUGCCUCCCAAAAUUAGAAUUGUGGAGU